AUGCCUGCGUCACGAACAAAACCGGGUUUUUACGCUGUUAGGAAAGGUAGAGAGCCUGGUGUUUACUUGACAUGGGAGGCUUGCGAAAAGCAAAUUCGUAAAUUUCCGAAGGCAAGAUUCAAAAAGUUUUUUGUCGAAGAUGAAGCGUGGAACUUCGUAAGAGAGGAUGAUGAUGCUGCGGGAUCUCUACAGACUAGUGGGCCCAUUCAAUCUGUGGAAUCCACUUCGUUCACCUCGCAAACAACAAAUUCAACGAUUUCUUUCCUGCCACAUAUUCCAAAUCAAACUACGCCUGUCGAUGGAGGGCCAGCGACCAUAUUCCCGGAUCCCGAAUCUCAAAAGCGAGCUCAAAUACCCGAGGUAUUUACAUGCGAUCUCGGAUCUUCAUCCACAUCAACCUUGGUGCAACCUACGCCAUUGCCCGCUAGUUUCACCAAGAAGUGUCAGACAGAGUUUACAAAUCCAUUGUGGGACAUCGUCUACGUGCAUGGAGACUGCAAUGAUGUUGAACAGUAUGGCUCAAUGGCAGGAGUUGGGAUCUGGUGGGGCACAAACGACAAAAGAAACUUGUCUGAAAGAUGUCCAGGGACACAGCGGACGACCCGUGCUCAAUUGAUGUCCAUAUUGCGCAUACUGGAGCUAACAUCCAAUUCAGGAAGACCUCUGGCAAUCCAUACAGAUUCAGUAAAUGCAAUAAAAUGCUUUAAAACAUCUGUUCACGAGUGGAAGUUGAAUAAUUGGAAAACAAAUCAAGGCAAGCCUGUAAAAAAUGGAGAUGUCAUUCGAUGCAUCUCGAAAAGGCUGGAAAUUCGGUCAAACCUUGGAGAGACUGUUGUGCUUGCAUACAGUAGGAAAGGUAAUGGCAUCGAGCAGGCCAGAGUUUUAGCGCAGCAAGGUGCGCUUUUAUAUGGAACCCCAGAAACAAAUCUGGAGAUGAUGGCGGACUUCCUGGAGCGAGAAGUGAAUCAACUUGUUGCUAGAGUCAAUCUUGACCAGCGCAAGGCGAAAUUCGUCGUUUUGGGACCAGAGGACUUGAGCGACGAUGACUCGGUCGAAUCGUGCUUGCGAAAGAUUUGGAUAUCAUCUACGGAACGUUUGGGUGCUUCUCCAAGUAAAAAUCAGGAACACAAAGAUUCAUCAUCAUUCCGCAGCCACUCCAUCCCCACUCCAUAUUCUCCUCAUACCUUAGAUGAAACUAAUGGAAGAGAAAGCAAGGGCACAUUCACCCUUUGCCCAACAUGCUAUCAAAGGCUACCUCCGACUUCAGACAGCCCCAUGGACGGAACAAUCAUACAACAAUUGACUAGUGUUGCAUCUUCGAACGCUAUCGAGGUUACAGUUUCAGUAAAAGUUCCAGGAGCACAGACCUAG